ACUGCUUUAUCAAUGGAGCCCCGGAUUCCCCACAACAUCACCGUUGUCCCCAACUCUGUGAUGGUCCAGCCCUUGCUGGACAGCCGGAUCCCCUAUGGGCGGCUGCAGCAUCCGCUCACCAUCCUGCCGAUUGACCAAAUGAAGACAACUCACAUAGAGAACGAUUACACCGACAACCCCACCGCUUCCCAGCUGGCAGCCCAGAAGCAUCCCCGAGGCCCCCACGAACUGGUCCUGACCAACCAGCACCUGCAGCGCUGUGAGCAGGAUGUCACCCACCCCUGGAUUUCAUUCAGCGGGCGCCCCAGCUCCAUCAGCAGCAGCAGCAGCACAUCUUCAGACCAAAGGCUCUUGGACCACAUGGCCCCGGCACCCGUGGCGGAGCAGUCCUCCCCCAGAGCGGUUCGCAUUCAGCCCAAGGUGAUCAACUGCAAACCCCUGGACCUGAAGGGACCUGUGUCUCAGGAACUGGACAAGCACUUUCUACUGUGCGAAGCCUGUGGGAAAUGCAAGUGUAAGGAGUGCGCGCUGCCCCGGACUCUGCCUUCGUGCUGGGUGUGCAACCAAGAGUGCCUCUGCUCGGCGCAGAACCUGGUCAACUACUCCACCUGCAUGUGUCUCGUGAAGGGCGUCUUCUACCACUGCACCAACGAGGACGACGAGGGCACGUGUGCCGACCACCCCUGCUCCUGCUCCCACUCAAACUGCUGUGCCCGCUGGUCCUUCAUGAGUGCCCUCUCCCUGGUGCUCCCUUGCUUGCUCUGCUACCUGCCAGCCACCGGCUGCGUCAAGCUGUCCCAGAGAUGCUACGACCAAGUGAGCCGGCCCGGAUGCAGAUGCAAAAACACAAACAGUGUCAUUUGCAAGGCGUUGCCGGAGAGCAAAGGCAGCAGGCCAGAAAAGCCCUUUUGA